AUGGAAUAUCGCGAUACGUCACCUUAUUCAGAGCCCUAUACCCCAGGUCCAACAACGCCGAACUUCGAUGCGACUGCAGACAAUAUCGCCACACCAGUCAGCAUCAACUCAGGGUCAUUCAUUUCCGCGCCAUAUACUCACACAUUCCAUAUUCCCACAAACCUGACGCAAGUCGCUGUGGAUGCAGAUCAACAACUGAAGCGCUUUCAACAAGACCUUCUAGUUUUGACUUGCAUGAAUGAGAACGAAUCUCUGCAUUGGCGACCCUCAUGGUUCAAAAAGAAACCAAUUUCAGAAAAAUUCUGGACCCUGCAUAACCCUCCGAAUGUAGUCACUGAACGUAUUCCUCACAAAAGCGGAGGGCGGCAAUACUUUACGCGAAGGAUGAGAGAAGCAGACGAUUCGCCACCUUUUUACAUCCAGAGCUGGGACCACUGGGAAAGACAUUGCGCUAGGUACGGUAUUCCACAAGAUUUUCUCUCUGAGCAACAGAUCGAGCUCAUGCGCCUUGGACUACCGCGGGACGAGGGAGGAAAAAUAUGCGCGCCGCCAGUCCACCCUCUCUACCCGGAACCCCAACCUCUAGGCCAAGGACGUUAUAUACUCGACCCGUCAAUCUACGCGACCCACCUGCCUAGAAAAUUCCAGUCCGUCAAUUACAACGCCAGUACCACUUCUGAACGCGAAGUCGUCGUCGUGCACUCCGAUGGCACGCUUAAAGUCGAGCCUCUGGAGAAAUUAUUCAUACACACAAGCCAAUGGACGCACUUUGAUGGAUACGGCGGGUAUCAACUAGACGAGCCGCGAGCUGUAGAUAAUACGGCACCGAAGACUCAGGGAUCGGGGAGGCGGUGGAGUUAUCUGCCGUGGACGAGGGAGCAGAGUGAAAGCUGUAAGCCGCUGAGGAUUGACCUGAGGCCGCUUGCGAAGAGGCUGGAGAACGACGCCACAGGCAGGACGUAG